AUGGCGACUGCUAAGAGCGUUGUUUACAGUAAACACAAUAAAAACAACUUAUUUUCCAACAAAAAUGAAGAAAUUUCACCAACUCAGGACGGUAUUGAAUGUCGUGGGCGUACAGAAGUUGAAAAUGCUCUCUUACUGUGCGAGGAAGCGAGCCCAGAGCGAGUAUUUGAAAUAAACUUGCAUGCCUCAAAGUUAACUAAAAUUGAAAAUUUUGAAAAGUUUACUAAACUACGGUGUUUUGACUUAUCCUGUAACCAGAUCAAGACUGUUACAGCGUUGGAGAAAAAUGUGGAACUUAAAGAACUUAAAUUGUAUUCAAACAAGAUAAAAAACGUUGAGGGGUUGGAUAAAUUAAAAGAGCUCUGUUCUUUACAGUUACAAGACAACAGCAUCUCAAAAAUUGGGACAGGGCUUCAGUGUUUGAAAAAGUUGAAAACCUUACGCGUGGAUUGCAAUCAAAUCUUAGCCAUUUCUGUCUCUGAAAUUGCGGCAUGCUCAAAACUAACAUCUCUUAACGUCUCCAGUAAUAAAUUGAGCGAUAUCUCAUUUAUUAAUUGUUUGCCAAAUUUAGAGGAAUUUUAUGCCUCACAUAAUAAGAUUACUAAAAUUCCUGAUCUUGGCAGGUGUAAGAAACUGCAAGAACUUGAUUUAAGCUAUAACAAUGUGUUAAGUAUAGCUGGAAUUAAGAGCCUACCAUCAUUAAUGAUUGUUAGACUAGAACAUAAUGACAUUAAGGAUUUUGAUGUUUCUGGGGCUGUAAGAGCCUUGGAACAACUGUAUGCAGGUAAUAACAAGCUUGUUAGUGUCAAAAAGCUACCAUUGCAGUUUCCAUCUAUUGAGGUUUUGGAUAUUUCAUCAAAUAGAUUGGAUAGCCUGGAUGCUUCAUGCAAGGAUUUAUCAAAGUGCACUAUGCUUCGAGAAUUAAACAUUUCAGAUAAUCUGUGUUACAAUCCAGCAUCACUCGACCAUCAGAAUUGCCUGAAAGCUUUGCCAAGGCUCGAGGUUCUGAAUGGUAAUCCAAUCAAGAGACCUCAGUCUUCUCAUGGUAAAAACCGUCCACCAAUGCGGCCUGUGUCUGCGUUACAAAUGGUCAGCACCAAGCAUUUGGAAGAGCAGGUCUCAGCAGCAAUACAAGAGCAAAACUCCUUUGAGUCCAUGAUUGCUUCUAAGUUUGACAUUGUAUACGAUUUGCUGAAGAAACUACCAGAGGAAACUAGCGAGAAUUCAUCAGAGACCUUUAGCCCCGAGCCGAAGGCUAGAGGAAGUUUCUUGUAUGCAGGGUCAAGUUCUCAGCCAGGAACUCAAGAUUCCCAGAAAAGUCUGGAUAGUCCAAGAUCAUCGAGUGAUAGUUCAAGACCAUCCAGUCGUUGCAGUAAUCGAGCCAGAAUACAAGACGCAAAGACAUUUGCUGAGCAACAUUUUGAUGAAUAG